GCUUACCCCCGCGCCUGCUCACUCACUUGCCCGCUGCUGCCGAAUAGAGCCGAAGAGGAGGGGGCGUUCCCCAGACCAUGGCAUCGACCGAAGGUGCCAACAGCAUGCCCAAGCAGGUAGAGGUGCGGAUGCAUGACAGCCACCUUGGCUCGGAGGAGCCGAAGCAUCGACAUCUGGGGCUGCGCCUGUGUGACAAGCUGGGGAAGAAUCUCUUGCUGUCUCUGACGGUUUUCGGUGUCAUCCUGGGGGCGCUGUGCGGAGGGCUGCUUCGCUUGGCGUCGCCCAUCCACCCAGAUGUGGUCAUGCUAAUAGCCUUCCCAGGGGAUAUACUCAUGAGGAUGUUAAAGAUGCUCAUUCUCCCCCUAAUCAUCUCCAGUUUGAUCACAGGGCUGUCAGGCUUGGAUGCCAAAGCCAGCGGGCGCCUAGGCACCAGAGCGAUGGUGUAUUACAUGUCGACCACCAUUAUUGCUGCUGUGCUGGGGGUCAUCCUGGUCCUGGCCAUCCACCCUGGGAACCCCAAACUCAAGAAACAGUUGGGGCCUGGGAAGAAGAAUGAUGAAGUGUCCAGCCUGGAUGCCUUCCUGGACCUUAUCCGAAAUCUCUUCCCUGAAAACCUUGUUCAAGCCUGUUUUCAACAGAUUCAAACAGUGACAAAGACAGUGCUGGUGGCGCCUCCGAGUGACGAGGGCAAUGCAACCAGCGCUGUGGUCUCCCUGUUGAACGAGACUGUCACAGAGGUGCCUGAGGAAACGAAGGUGGUUCUCAAGAAGGGCCUGGAGUUCAAGGACGGCAUGAAUGUCCUAGGUCUGAUAGGGUUUUUCAUUGCUUUUGGCAUCGCCAUGGGGAAGAUGGGAGAACAGGCCAAGCUGAUGGUAGAAUUCUUCAACAUCUUGAAUGAGAUCGUCAUGAAGUUGGUUAUCAUGAUCAUGUGGUACUCUCCCCUGGGUAUCGCCUGCCUAAUUUGUGGGAAGAUCAUUGCAAUCAAAGACUUAGAAGUGGUUGCUAGGCAACUGGGGAUGUACAUGAUCACGGUGAUUGUGGGCCUCAUCAUCCAUGGGGGCAUCUUUCUCCCCUUGAUUUAUUUUGUAGUGACCAGGAAAAACCCUUUCUCCUUUUUUGCUGGCAUUUUCCAAGCUUGGAUCACUGCCCUGGGUACCGCUUCCAGUGCUGGCACGUUGCCUGUCACCUUCCGUUGUCUAGAAGAAAACCUUGGGAUUGAUAAGCGCGUGACCAGAUUUGUCCUCCCAGUUGGAGCAACCAUUAACAUGGACGGUACAGCCCUUUAUGAAGCGGUGGCUGCCAUCUUUAUUGCCCAGAUGAACGGUGUCGUCCUGGAUGGAGGCCAGAUUGUUACUGUGAGCCUCACGGCCACGCUGGCGAGUGUUGGUGCGGCCAGUAUCCCCAGCGCCGGACUGGUCACCAUGCUCCUCAUUCUGACAGCUGUGGGCCUGCCGACAGAGGACAUCAGCCUGCUGGUGGCUGUGGACUGGCUGCUGGACAGGAUGAGAACAUCAGUCAAUGUCGUGGGUGACUCUUUUGGGGCUGGGAUUGUCUACCACCUCUCCAAGUCUGAGCUGGAUUCCAUUGACUCCCAGCACCGAGUGCAUGAAGACAUUGAAAUGACCAAGACUCAGUCCAUUUAUGAUGACAUGAAGAACCACAGGGAAAGCAACUCUAACCAGUGUGUCUAUGCUGCACACAACUCGGUCAUAGUAGAUGAGUGCAAGGUGACUCUGGCAGCCAACGGGAAGUCAGCUGACUGCAGCGCUGAGGAAGAACCCUGGAAACGUGAAAAAUAAGGAUAUGACUGCAAAUUCUUGAAUAGACUCCCCAGCGUGUCUUAUGGUAAAAGAGGAUAUAAACAAGCUUUCUUUAAAAAGGAAAAAAAAAAUGCAUAUAUUUCUAUGUUUACUUAAUCUGUUAGCUGAGGCUUAGAGGAUCUGUUGAGUCUGUGGUAGGCACGGAGCGUGUCUUUGCCAAAUAAUGCUUUGUAACUGUCUAAUGUUGUCACUUGUAUUGCUGUUUGAGUGUUUGAUGCUGCUGGAGGAAUUGAUUUGAAGUGAAGACACAUUCUUGCCAGCUUCCCUUUUCUCUCAGGAGGCAGAACUGUGCAUGCUCUUUUCCCAGGGGACACAGCUAAAGCAGCGUGGCACACUUCAGGGGUUCGGGGCAAUGAGCAGACACUCAGUAGGUAUUCCCUCCAGUGUUUUCCAUGCCUCACCUUGUGAUGCACAAGAAAUUAUUGGACGCCUCUAGACCUACUUCCCCUUCGAUGUUUGGUAAAUACAAUUACCUCUCAUAGGGAGCUUGGACCAUAAUCUUGGACCAUACAGUAUGCUCCUUAAAGCAAAUUUUCAAAGACAGGCUUAGUGGGAACCAUACCUAACAGGCAGCUGAUUAUAACACCCAUGGAGUCUCUGCCCUGCCCUUUGUAAUUCCAAAGUAUGUUUCAUAAUUUGUUCUCCAUUUGAUAAUGGGUCAGGAAGUAAUUUUCAAAUAACCACCUUAUGCAGACAAAAGAAAGAAAGCACAGUCAACGUAAAUUCUAACCAGAUUCUAAUACUCCAAUUUGUUUCUACUUGGUUUGUCUUCACCUGUCAUAGUGAAAUCAAGCUCUGAAGUUAUUUGACCUAUUCUUCACUGUCUUGGUUUCACCCAUCAAACUCUUGUUUGGAUUUCAAAUAUAAGGGUCCUUUUGUAGUCCCUCAAUUAUUUUCAUCAUAUUCUCAUUAGCCUCGAAAGCCUAAUCAUUUUAUUCUCCUCACACAUGGAGGUGAGUUGUGUUGAUUGUGUCUCUUUUAAUUCCAUUCUCUUGAUGAGCAGAAAAAUGAAACAUGGUUAUUCAUCUAAUGUGUAGAAAGUUUUUUAUUAUGUUAUAGCAAAGCACAUUCAAACCACUUGCAGGGCACAGCAGGAAGCAAAGCCAAUCUUCUUCCCAGUCUCCUCUAUGGAAAGAAGUAGAAAACAAACAUAUGUGCACAGUCCUGUAAAGAUGACAUUGCUAUGGCAAGAUCAAGGCAAACUUGAACCAUGAAGCAGGAACAAAAGAUGUCUCUACCCAACAUCAUAGAUGGAAUCUUUUCAAGGCUGUGAAAGCCGGAGGGACGAAAGAUAUACAUGGCGUUGGCAUGGUGCCUUGCCAACUGGGGGCAAGCUGUGGAUCCUGAAUGAUUAUGUAAGCUACAUUUGUCAAUGCCUCUACUAUCAUUUUUUUAUGGAAUAACUCACAGUAUUUUUGUAAGGUUGCUGGGCUUGGGAAUUUGCU